AAAGCGUCGUCAGCUCAAUGGACGAACCUGCGCUUUGUCGCGAUCGCAGCGCUCCUGGUGGUUGCGCUGUGGAAACACAAUUAAUUGAACUGCGCAUGCUCCCCAUUUACAGUUGUUUUUGAACGUAAUGCCCAUGCUGGUUUCAAGAGCUCCUGCAUUGAUUUGACUCACGUACAUUUUUCUUUGCAGUUUCUAUCAAACGGAUCUUUUCAGACCCAAUUUCAUUAUUAUUUUCAUUUUUCUGACAUAAUGGCUUAUCGCUACUGCAGAUUUAAAGGCUGUAAUAGAAAGAUUGAAUCAAAAAGUGAUGGAAUACAUUUCUACAGAUUUCCCAAGGAAGAACAAAGAUGUCAAGCUUGGGUCAAGGCUUCGCAGAAUGAAAAGCUUGUGGGUGUUCCUGCCUCUGACCUACACAAAAGAGCCUAUCUAUGUAUGGUACAUUUUGAAGACUGGUGCUUCGUUAAUAUCACUACUAAACAUCGUUUAGUACACAAUGCAGUACCAUGUUCUACAAAACUCCAGGUGACAAAGGGUUUGGUUCCAGAUAAAGUGCCUGAGUUAAGUCACAUGACAGUGCCAAAGUGCCAAAUUCUGUGA